UGGGUAAAUGCUAUAACUUUUGCAAAAAUUCUUUAAAAUUCCUAAAGUUUUAAUAUGUCCUGGUAUAAUAUCAUCACUUGAAAUUCUACUUAUUGAAAUGUGGUGUUGAAUGUUGAAAUUUGGAAAUAACCAAAUUUCCUUGUCAACUCUAUUACAAUGCACUCCCAUCAGACUUUAACCAUGGACAUUUUUGAGUCUUUUGUCAUUUACAGUUAUUGUCCUGAUGCUUUUGCAAAUCUGUUUCAGCUUCAAGGAGAUUCACAAAAAGGACUGUUGAUGAACUCAGGUUUCUAUAUCUUUAAGAUCAUAAAACUAAACUGGGAAGGAAUUUCCAGAACUAAUGGAAAAAUUACAUUCAAACAGAAUGGAAAUUAAUAACAUGAGGCUGAGUGAACUGAAAAAGAUGAUUAUAGUUUUUAUGAGUUUUGUUUAAACAUUGCUCUUUCUCUAGUGUUUGCUCUUCCAGAUUCAAGGAAACCUUUUCUCCUAAUCCGAGUUAAUAGAAAUUUGAUAAAAUAUUCCUUUGUAAGCAAAUAGAAACAUUUAUCUUUUCUCCCUAUCAAAACCCUCCUGAAUUCAGAAACUCUGAGUAUUCUUUCUCUCAAGGCAAUUAUAGUCAUUUACAUAAAUCCAAUGAGAAUCUGUUCACCUUGUAACAGGACACCAUUGAAAACAUUGGCUGUAUUACCAAGGCUUUAACUGGAAUAUCGUAUUUGAGAGACACAUGAGUCGACUCAGAUAUGAUUGGAGAGCUUUAAGGAACUAAGGUUGACUUUAUGGAGUCAAUAAAGCCCCUUGAAAAUGUUGGCCUGAUACCUUGCUCAUAGAAUUCCCAGAAGCCUUACCAGGAGCAGGCCUGGAAAGAGAAGCAGAUAUGCUGAAGGAGCUCCAUCUCUUCCUGUUGGUCGUCCUGCUGCUUGUCUGUGCCUUCUUCUACCAGCUAAGCCUGAAGUCCAGCUGCUUCUUCUGCCUUCCUCCCCAACAGUUAGAGCAGGACCCAGGAGCCCUCCUGGGCAAUGGGCACGGCAUUGUGUUCAUAGAGACCUCGGAGAGAAUGGAACCAACUCCACUGGUCUCUUGUGCUGUGGAGUCUGCUGCCAAGAUUUACCCCAGGCAGCCUGUGGCAUUCUUCAUGAAGGGUCUCUGCAAUACCACACGGCUGCCCUCCAACUCCACUUACCCAGGCUUUUCCCUCCUCUCAGCAAUAGACAAUGUUUUCCUCUUCCCUUUGGAUAUGAAAAGGCUGUUUGAAGACACACCAUUGCUUUCAUGGUACACUCGCAUCAACACCAGUGCGGAGAGCAACUGGCUUCACGUCAGCUCGGAUGCGUCCCGCCUGGCCAUCAUCUGGAAGUACGGUGGCAUCUACAUGGACACGGAUGUCAUCUCCAUCAGGCCCAUCCCUGAGGAGAACUUUCUGGCUGCACAGUCUUCUCGGUACUCUAGUAACGGGGUGUUCGGGUUCCUCCCCCACCACCCCUUCCUGUGGGAGUGCAUGGAAAACUUUGUUGAACACUACAAUUCAGAAAUCUGGGGCAACCAGGGUCCCAAUUUGAUGACCCGGAUGUUGAGACUGUGGUGCAAACUCAGAGACUUCCAGGAGGUGAGUGACCUCAGGUGUUUGAACUUGUCCUUCCUGCACCCCCAAAGAUUUUACCCCAUCUCCUACCCAGAGUGGAGGCGCUACUAUGAAGUCUGGGACAUGGAUCUUAGCUUCAACGACUCCUAUGCUCUGCAUCUGUGGAACUACAUGAACAAGGAAGGAAGGACUGUGGUCAGAGGAAGCAACACGCUGGUGGACAAUUUGUGCCGCAAGCACUGUCCCAGGACUUACAGGGACCUGAUUCGAGGCCCAGAAGGGGGGGCACCUGGGAAGCUGGGUCUAGGUAACACUUAGGGCUGACGCUGGGUCAUUGCUGCUAAGUUGUAGAUCUGGACACUUCCUAGAGCGGUAGCUUUGUGUUCAUGCCCAUGUUGCCCAGGAUUACAAUCAGCUUUCUCUGUCUGUAGUAGAAAAAAUCCCCAAAACCACUAGUGUGUAAAAUACAGAAGCUUAUUUCUCUCUCAUGUAAAAGAAGUCUGAAGGUAAGGUGAUUGGUGGGGAAGGUACGGUGGAGGAGUAUGGCCAUCAGGGACCUGGGUUUCUUGCAUCGUUUUGUUUGACAUUUGUCAUCCUUAGUGUCCAUAGCCCAUGGUCCAUACUGCUGCUUGAUCUCCAGCCCAUUAUAUCUGCAUUUCAGGCAGCAGCAAGAAGGAAGGAGAAGGUGCACCUCCUUUAUUUUAUGAAGACUUCCCACAAGGACCUUCUAACACUUCCCCUUCCAUCUCACUGGUCAGAGUGUAGCUGCAAGGGAGGCUGAAAAUUUUAAGGAGGAAGAAAGAGAAAAUGAGUGUUAGGAGAGGCAGCUAAUGGUUUUGAUAACAUGUUAAAUUUACUUCUGUAAGAUUAGUUUUAAGAUCUGUUAAAGAAUUGACUGGGGAAAAAGGGACUUGAUUUCUGGUCUUAAUUUUGAUAUUCAUGAAUGUAUUCAGUCAGUGAGCAUUAAUUGAGUCUCUUCUGUGUGCUAAGCGCUGAUUUAGUUGCUGAAGAUACGGUUGGGUCAAACAUACAAGAUUCUGGGCUGUAGUAGCAAAGUACCAUAGACGGGGUGGCAUAUAAAAAACAGAAAUGUACUUCUCACGGUUCUGGAGGCUGGUCGUCUAAGAUUAGGGUGCUAGCAUGGUUGGCUUCUAGUGAAGAUCCUUGUCCCGUGGCGGGGGGCACUUUUCCUGUUGAAGCUUCAUGUAGUGGAAAGGGUCAAGGGAGCUCUCUGGGGCUUCUCCCUCCUUUUAAAAAGAUUUUAUUUAUUUAUUUGAGAGAGUGACAGAGCAAGCAUGAACAAGGUGGUGGGGGGGAUGGACAGAGGGAGAAGGAGAAGCAGACUCCCGUCUGAGCAGGGUGCUGAUGUGGGGCUUGAUCCCAGGAUCCUGGGAUCGUGACCUGAGCGGAAGGCAGAUGCUUAACCACCUGAGCCACCCAGGCGCCCCUCUGGGGUCUGUUUCAUAGAGGAACUGAUCCCACUCAUGAGGGCUUCACUUUCAUGACCUAAUUACCUCCCAAAGUCUCCACCUUCUAAUAGCAUCACAUUGAGGCAUGGGAUUUCAGCAUAUGAAUUUGGGAGGGACAUGAACAUUCAGUCCAUUGUAGGUCCCUUGUACUUACAUCCUUAUGACUGGCCACAUCGCCCUCUGAUAGCCUCUUGCCUUCCCAGGGUGUCUGCUAUUCCCUACCCUAUCUCAAUUGGCUCAUGAAAGCAAAUUACAAAUUCCAGUUUUUAUAAACCACUUCCCUUUAAUAAUCACAUAAAAAUUUAUCUCCUCUUUUUAGGACGCAUGAGAAUCAAUAUUUCUUCUACAAAUAUUCAUCAACCAAGAUUUUCUAGGACUUUCCUUUUGGUAAUUGGCUUUAUGAUCACAAAAAUAUGAUGUUGUUUUUUAAAACUAUAUCCCCCCUAUCCCCUUUCAUUCUGAUAUUUCCCUCUUUGAGAAUCACUGCUAAUGACAGUCUUAUUAAAAAAUAUUCACAAAUCA